GGCGUAUUGAAAAAAUAUCAAUAAAAGUCGCAGGCUCUAUAUAAUAGAGCCUGUGAGCAGGCUACCUUCAUCGGGGUAAUGUGUAAUGUCUUUCGCAGACGUUCUUUGUUUUGUCAACAUAAGAAAUGCUUAGUUGCCAUGAGAACUACAAAAAGCAAACGCCAUGCAGUGGAAGAAUGUGAAAACGUCUUUUGUCGUUUUGGAAAGUUGAAUAAAACCUGAAGGUUAUCUCGUACAGUUCCAUGCCGGGAAGAUGUAAAGAUUGUAAACUCUGAAGGUAUCUUAUUAUUGGCACAGACUACACUGACACAGACGGUUCAAGAUUCUUUCCUGCCAGUAUUAUAAGGCACCUUGCUUGCCAGUUUCCGAGGUAUCGCAUGCCAGAUAUCGCGAGUUAUGCGAUGUGAAUUGUCACACUCUAGACACCUCGCGACCACCUUGAAUUUUGACUGCUGCGAAUGCAGAGGGCGUUUGUUGCCUGGCUUGUACGUCUUGGCUCUUUCUUUUGGUUUGUUUAGUAUUUCUUUGAGACAGAUCUUUAAUCUUUAUACACCAGACUCGCAGGUUAGAUUCCCGCCAGAGGACCUAGUGUUGCAUUUUUCACAACUGUUCCUGGUCACGUAUAAAAGUAUAUAUAUAUCGUCACUUGGUUGAUGCAUAUAUACCAACAAUAUUCAGUUUCAACCAAGUGAAGUGCGGGAACAAAUCUUUCAAGUAUUUACCUCGUCCUGACGUCAUUCAGUAUGCCGCUGUUUGAUUAUACUCACUCCAGUAGUUAUUUAUUAGGCUUUGCCAAAUCAACUUGAAAUCUCUUGCUAUAUAUACACACAUUAAAAUAAACGAUACAUACAUUGACAUGGCUGGGUAUACGCUACAGCUUUCGCCAAUUACAGCGACCCUUUACACAAUACAAGACAAACAAACUUUAAAAUAUUGGGGGUUAUGUUCCCUCAAUUAGGCUACAUCUGAUUUUCAAGUCACAUCAUUACAGGUUGUUAAACCAGCAUCUUUCGAUUUAGCCCUCGGACUUGCACCCAGAUUUUUCUAAAACGCCGGCCACGAGCUACGAACUCUCUGACCUUUCUAGUACAAGGAUUAAAAUAAUCCAGGAUUGUUUUGAACCUGCCUCCGCGUGGUUCUUGAAUGUCUGAAGUAGUAUUGCUGAGUUAAAUUCAACCUGGUUUUUGUUUGCUAAGCCUUACACAGACUCUAUAAAAUUAUAAGGAAGUUUAUUCCAACUUAACUCUGGUUAUUGUUUGGUUCGAUAUAUCCAUAUGGUAUAUAGUCCUACAUGUUUUUCAGCGCAUUGACGUCCCGGAAGCAAGAACAGGCAACGUCAUUCCGCGUUGGCGCAAAACCAAAUGCAAAGAAUCUUGGCAAGUUUCUUUAUUGAUCUGUGCAUUACAUGUUUAUGUUUAUCAGCCGGUCUUGGACUCGCGUCAUCUAGCUUCGGGGCUUUUUUGCGUGGGAUUGUUUUGUUUUAAGCGCGCUCUUUUGCACGCGCACAAGUGUACGUGUAUUAAAUAGUGACGCAAGCAUGGAACCACAAAACAAAACAAAGCAUGACGUUUUUACUGAACCUUGUGCUAAAAACGAAUUCCUGUUUCAGUCGAAAACAGGCAACUGUAAACAUACAGGUUCAAGGGUAAGCGAAUGAAAUGAGAUUAGUCAUGUCUUGGAAAUUACUGUUCUUCAUAUAGACAUUUAAGACGAAAUAUCACCUUCAAAAUAAAUCAUAAUUUUGUAUUAAAUUUGAUCCAUCUCCUGCAAAACACAGUUCAAUCAGGAAAAGUUAGCUGUCAAAUGAUAAUCUGAUAAUUUGGAACUAUAUUUUUAUCACUCGCAGACUGGGUAAAAUCGAAUUUAAAUUGGGUGUGCGUUUCCUGUGCCACAUAUAGCCUUGAUAUUGGUUCUUUGUCCUCAACACGCUCAUUAGGUAAUGUUGUUCAUUUCCAACUUCACCCUGAUCACAAAGUUUACAUUUUCUGUCACAGUAGGCAAUUUUUUUAUAUCGGCCAAUCUCUACUGGUAAUCUGUGCGCUGAAACGCGUAAUCUUGUAACUGCUUGACGGUACUUAAAAUUUUUAAUUUCUAUAUAUGUGCUUUUAAAGCAUAUUAAACGAGGGUCCCUGAUUCCGACUGUACCGGAAUGUAUGUUGCAACAGCCUCGGAAGGAAGAGAGUUGAAAUCAAUGAAAUGUAACUGACCCUAUUUGAACCUACUGGCAAAUCAUGCCAACCAUAAUAUAUCAUGUGAAGAGGCUUUACCUGAUAAAACUCAUCUUCAUUAGUAUUCUUUAUAAAGAAAAAUCAUCCUAAUUAGUACAUAGAGAAUACUUAUGAGACGGCAUCUAUUGUAGUCGUGUUUGAAGUUUGAAGCUAUUCAAAACACUCGUAGAGUCGUAAUCGUGUUUUAUCAUAUCAAGGGCUAAAAGGCUCGUGCUGCGCACUCGCAUUUUAAAUAUGAUAAAACACUCCUAGCGUGUACAUAAUAGCUUGCGCUGGUAAAAAUAUCAAGCUGUAAAGAAAGGUUGCGCAAGAUUUAUCUACGAUAUGUUAUUUUAAAAACACGGCCGUGUACAACCAGGUAGAACUGAAUGAUAAAAAAAUGCAAAACAUAACCGAAAGAUGAUAUUUUUUAUCCACAUCAAAGGCGAGCAAUCACUAAAACUGUCUGUACCAGUGUGGGUAGUACCAAUGUGAAAUUGCUGUGCAGAAUGGUUUAUGGUUAUAUAUUACUACCUGAAAAAAACAAGCAGAAAGUCGACAUUUCGAUUUUUUCAGGUAGUAAUAUAACUCAGCACAGCAAGAUCAAUCACUAAGGCCUCAAUCCGCGAGUUCGUCUAUCAAUCAUUACUGAGUUAUUUUAUAAUAAAAUCGAAAUUCUAUCUUCGCUUCGCGUCAUGUGUUUAUAUAUCGGUAUCAUUUGCUUCAAAUGUUUUUUAUUUGGAGUUUUGUUUGUUUUAUUUUUUCUCCGCGACUGAGAUGAUUAUUGUACGACUGGCGCGCGGUGCAAUCAAGUUGUCUAGACUUUGCCAGACUUGCAGAUUAUGUAAAAGUUAUACUAUGAAAAUGCACGUCGAAAUCUCAUGCUGUGGUUGGCGUCAUUCGACGGUAUUCGGUCUAUUCCUAGCCUUUCACUUACAACUAAAUUUGCCGAGAUAUUGUUUAAAUUGGGAUUGGUGGUUAUUUUUGGAGAAUUUUGUCAUGUUUGGUCUUUGUUGAGACUAAUAGAUUUCAAAAUCAAGAAUAAAUUCUUAUCAUGAUCAGUGUGUAAUCUCUGAAGAAAGAUUGUCUGCACUGUUGUGGCGGCGGUAUUAACGCGGCAAGUUUUUCCCGCGACGCGCAAUGAUUUUCCGCAAAUUGUCCAAAAUACGUAACUUAAAAGAAUUUUGAGAUUAUGCAUAAAAUGCGCCUCGCAAUGCGCGCAACAGCAUGUUAUUGUAAAAUACGUAAUUGCGCACUGCGCAGACCAUGCCAGCACAUCUGCAUUUAUUUAGCCUGAUAGGAAGCGACGAAAACCACAACUUAGGUUUAAACACUGACGCCCCAAGCGGUUAAAAGCAGUCUGCAAAAUACGUCUUCCUUGCCAUAUUGUUUUAUGAAUAUAAAUCUUCUUCUAGUAUUCUGUACAGGAUGUGUCGAUUACAUGAUUAUUGCGCAAAGAAAAUAACUAGUUAAAUAUUUGAAACGGGAUAACUCUGUUUGUCACGAAGGCUCUGGCAUAUUUUAUCGGAACAUUGCACUUUGAUGUGCUCACCCUCACACGCACCUCACGAAAGCAGAGUUGGAAAAACACAAAUGCGCCACAAUGCAGCUUAAUCAGGAAGUUUGGGUAAACAAUAAGUAACAUAGCAACAGCAGACGAGAUCGUUGACACGGCUUAUAGAGAAAUCCUCAAGUUUGCCGCUGGUACUACAGGCAAACUUUAGGCAAGUCUAGAAUGCUUUAUAUUUCUAGUGUUAUCUGUUGAGAACUUUUUACAACUCGGGAACUUUGCGGUAAGUAAAGGAAAUCACAGCGACAACAAUUCAGUAUGGGAAAUAGUUCACCAAAAAAUCCUCAUACUAAUUUCUAUAAAUGCUUUGGAUCGGACAACAUGUUUCGGACUAUGGUAAUCAUUGAUACCAUGUAUUGCUAGAACUAUCUUAAGUCUUUUAAAUUCCAAAUGCAAUUCUAAGUAUCAUAAUUGAAUUAUGCUACAUAUAUUCCGUGUCGCUAAAUGCUUUAAUUGCUUGACGAAAGGUCAUGAAAUUUCACAUCUUUCUCAAUGUGUUUCUCAUUAACACAUCUUGUUGGUUUACCUAAUUGUGACAUUUGGUUUGGGCUGCUUCCUCUUUCAUCUCAUUGGUUCGUUUUCUUUUACGUAUGUAGGUGCAUCACAGCAGGACGCUUUUGCUCUUAUACACCGCUUCAAACCAGAGGCUUCAAACUGCCCGCAGUGUUUAGUAGCGUGCGUAUGUUGGAUAGCAGAAGAUCGUGAGCUUGAAACGAGAAAUUUGGAACGAACGCGAUUAAACACCGUACUCAAAGUAACCUUGACGCAGACUAAACGAUUCACGGAAUUUAAAGUAAGUUAUCACUGUGUAAUUUAUUUGUUUGUGAUAUUAAGAUAUCAAGCAUAAUUUGCGUGUAAGUGAAGCGAUCAUUAUAUCAGCCGCAUAUUUCUGAAACAAAGAGCAAAUAUUAUCACUAGAUUUUAAGACCUUAACAUCGACAAUUUAAUUUUAUUUUCCGCAAGUUUACUUUGAAUAAAACAAGCACGUUUUUGACAAACUUAUCCACUUGUGUGUGGAGUGGCGCGGAUUAGUUGUAAUCUGUGUUCUAAUUGACGAUUAUUGAUACAUCGUUUAUAUAACUCGUGUUAUGUGUAGUAUGGGAGUUCCGCCUGGGAAAUUAUGCCGCGAGCAGCAUGUAUAAUCCAAGCGUGAAUCGCAGCGCGUCGCAGAUGUGUUGAAAAAAAGAGUUAAUUUUUGUCAAAUUGUUCGCCCACGAAUCAUAUUUAUUUUUAGUCGAAUAGUGUGACGCGUCAUGUGAUUUCAUUAAGGCAUUUCUCCAUAUAAUUUAUGAGAUGAUUGAGAAACAAAAUCCACAGUCCCCCUGCUGAUCUAUACCUAUGAUCUAUACGUGUGCAGUAUAGAUUGCGAUGAUGAUAUGUUAGUCCUUGCCCUAGGAAACUGGAGUUUAAAAUUUUACUAUUUACUAUAGCGAACUAAACUCGUCUCUCAAUUCUAUGUACAGCCUGUAACCAUACGUAGAAAAUAUAUUUAUCUUCCUGACAGGAAAAUCUAAAAAUACAAAUUUCCUGUGUAAUAUAAAACAUUUAUUGAACGUUCUCUGACUUAAUAUUUAUUUCUACAAGCUUUCGGCUAUCAGUCUAUGGCCUUCGACGGGUGUAUACAAAUGAUUCUAUAAAGGACGCUAAACUUAAGUGGGUGGUAUGAAAUCUGAUACUAUCUAUGCUAUAUUACAACGGAUGGCUACGCAUCCUCUAUUUUUUUCAAUAAAACUUCAUGUUAGGUAUAUUUGGACAUAAUUGUGCCGCACAGCAUUAUAAACUUCAAUCGACGGCACAAGACAAUCUGGACUUGUAAAACGCUUUAGGAAUUUUUAGACAAUAAGUAAAUUAUAUAAGAUAACAAGAAUUUCCUGCAAGUUGUAAGAAAAUCCCUGCGAAGAUCUUUUGCGGUUAAACUAAUUUCUUGGCAGCUGCUGGCGCUGCCAGACAUUUUCCAGAACUGUUUAAAAACUUUUAUUCUCGUCAAUUUGUAGUGUUCAAGCAGUUCCCAUAUUUUACGUCGCUUUCGGUUCGUAACUGUUCCAUCAAUAUUUGCAUAAUUUGCGUCUUAGGUUGGGUCAAUCCAAUACUAUUAUACUAGUGUGUAAUGUACUUAGGUGAAUAUGAUGCUUGUGAUGUUACUCUGAGUGUAUAUCCACACCGGGCAAGCUUGAAAAAUAUACUCUUUGAUAAUCAAUUACUGUCAUUACUCAUUAGGAGAAAAAAAAUUUAACAUCUAUUCCCAUUGUUCUCUGACAAUAAAAGAAGCUUAGGAAAUGUAUUGGAAAUGUAUAUUGUGCCAAAAUGGCAAUAUUCCCAAAUCACACACCCACACUUCACUUGAACAAGACAGGGGGUACAGCGGGAGAAAACCCCUCAAGACCUGCAGUGUUUAGAACUGAUCCACGUGUCGCACUGGUUAGCAUAUUGAGAGUGUAGUAAAUUAAGAUUACUUAAAUCAUAGUUUAAAUCAACAGUAUGUUAUUUUUGAAUAUUCUCUGUUGGUCUCGUCUCCUGCUGCGUUUAUAUACGUCAAACGAUAAUGUAGACAACGCGUGAAAUGUUUUUAUUCAAUAUUGUUUCCGGGUGAUAAUUACUUGAUUCAAUCCAUGAACAUUGACAUAAAUUAUGACUCAGUAUUUUAUACUAUACUUGAUACAACACCCCAUCCAACUUUUUCAUUCUAAUUGUUAAUUAGAACAAAGGAAACGCAUCUAAUAUCAAACGCUUUAAGUUUUGAGUUCAUUUUUCUUUCAUUCAGUUGGCCUCCCAAAGUUGGAAAGUGCAUGUUUCCGUUUCAAGCAAAAUGUUGUAACCAGAAAUCCUGUUUUUAUGCGCGUUUGAACUGUAAUAUUCCACCUUCCCGUUCUUAUGGACUAAUCUAUUUGACGCAUUUUACACAAAUCAAUGCUUUCGUAUUUAGCCCAAAAAUCCACUAACGUGUUCACUUUCAUUUAAAGUGUUUUGAUAAAACAUGAAAACAAUGGUCACUCUGCAAAGAUAGAAAAUGUUCUGGCUCAGAAUGGCUAGACCGGUCGAAUCAGAAUUUCUGGAAAGCAAUUUUAGUUGUAAUUGUCUUGAAUGGAUUUUAUUCAUUUUUAUGUUGCCACUCAGCUUUCAUUCAAUAUUCAAUUCAUUCAAUAUUCAAUUCAUUCGUAAUGAUUGUAAAGAUUGAGUCACGAUUUUUCUCUGCAGCCGAACAGGCGGAGUGAUUAUAAAUAAAAAAUAUACUUAUGAUUUAUAUGUGGUUUAAAAAAAAACUAUUAUAAUCUGCCCGUUGAGAAAGACUGUGACUCUAUGUUGUCUGUUCAAGUGAGGCCAAAAGCUACUGUUAAAAGUAAAGUAAAGUCUAACUUAGGCGGCAAAUUUUAAUAUAAAACUUUAAAAAUAUAAAAAGUUUAAACUUUUAAACUUUUUCUAGUAGCUUUUGGCCUCACUUGAACCGACAACAUUCAUAUAAUGCUACUGAAGGACAACUUUGUACGUGCUGUGACUCAAUCUUUACGACAGUUAAGACCAUAUGUGAUAUGGAAAAGCUGGAGAAGUAUUUAGUAUACAGGGUGUAUAAAAAAAAGCGCAAUCCUCGACUGAAAUGUAAAUUGCUAAACAAAUAAUAGACGAAAACGUUAAAGUUUACAUUCAUUUUAAAGCGUAGCCAUUCAGCUUUCUAACAGUGGGUUGUUUCUUAAAUUUGACUCAUUGGUUCGCGCGUAAUAAUACUUUACGUUAUUGCGGUUGGAGAUUAAAAAAAUUGAGAUAUGGAAUAACAAAUCAUUCUCAUGAAAAUAACUGAUUUUUUCAUUAAAACAAAAAAAUGUUGCAUUUUAUUAAAUGGAUUGUAACAAUAAGUAUAAUUACGGCUUUUCUUCCACUAUUUUUUAACUCAGUUUGAAACUUCAAAUGCGAUAUAAUUUUGGCUUGGACCAUCUAAGCUGACUGACAUCAACUUGCUAUAAUUUCUGUUUACAUUACAUCGCAAUUCGAUGACACUCUGGCUCAGACACCAGAAUGUUUUGACGAUUUUUAGCAUUCGUUCAGGAUUUUCAAACAACCUGGUCUCUUUUCAAAUACUUUUAAUUUGUUCUUACGUGGUUUUCCAGAUGUAGUGACGACAACAUUAAAGUUUAAAGAAGAAAAUUCUAACAUUUAAACCGACUAAAUAAUAACAUAGUAAACUUGCAUAAUUAAACAGCAACUAAAAAUGAUAGGUUUUACUAAAUCUUUUCCUGUGCAAUUAUUACUUUCACUGGAGACAAGGAUAAUAGUUUGUUUGAAAGAGAAAAGAACAGGCUUUGAAGUAAGCCUAAAAGCAUUUAACUAGAAAUAGUAUUUCGAAAGUUAUUAAGCACAAAAGAUGAAUUGCGUUUAUUUUGAUACACCCUGUAUACGUAUUUUAGCGCAGGAACAUUAUUAAUGACGGUAACGUAUACAGUUGCACGGUAUUUAGAAUAUGACGUAAACCAAUAGCAUUCAAGUAUUUAGUCUAUUUACCAUUCGGUAAACUUUUUUUCCCGACUGAGUUACGCACAUCUUACUGACACACUUGUGAUAAACAGGUCACGUCUGUAAUGCACGUAUACAUUGUUGUGUUUGUUUGUCCAAGAGCAUGUAUACUACCUAAUCGUGUAUGACCUAAGAUUCGUGUUUACCCUGACAUGAGUUCUGUACAACAUUUGUAGAUCACUUUAAGGUAGCCGACAUAUUGAAGAACAUGUACUACUUCUAUACAUGUUUUAACCACGCUCAACUCAGUGGUGAGUUCUGUACAACAUCAGAUCACUUUAAAAUCAAAGAUUCAACAACAUUUACUACGUCUGCAUUGUCUAAACACAUGCUUAACCAUAAAACAUCACUAUAAAAGAGCCCACGCAAUUGUCUCGUUUUUAAUACAACCUUGGCAUUCAUUGACCUUUAAUGGACAUCUACCCCAUGAUGGGAUAUUUCAUUUGAUAUUAUAAACAAGGUAUAAAACUAUAAAUAGCUGUAAUAUUUAUCUUAGAGCAUUUACAAUUAUCUAGUAUGACAAAGGAUGUUUUCAAUUAUUGCUCGAGAAUUAAGAUCUAGGCUACUGUAGUCACGGAGACCAUCGUAACUGACGUUUUAAUAGGGUUGGGUGCGACGGUUGGGUUUGGUUAGAAACUUCUUCACCGCAUUAGUGCCAAGUUGUCUGACGUAAAAUAUGCACGUGCCUUGUGCGAGACUACAUGCUAGCUUGCCUUAUCCUAAGUUAGGUUAGGGAACCCACCCUGAUAUUUAAAAACUGUACUGGAGUAAGUCGCACGCGAGUAAGCAAGUGAAUGUUAUGCAGUUUUCAUAAUGAUAUCAUUAAAUUACACUAAUGAUUCCAACUAAUCCCUUUUUACAACAACCAAUUUCUUCACCGUUUUUAUUGGAAUAUUUUAAAUAUUUUCGAUCGCUCAAAUGGAAGACAAUAUAUUUUGUUUUCUGAGAAAUUCUGGACCUUUGCGCUGGAGAUUUGAAAAAAAAGGGAUUCUGUGUGUUUUGUUAGGUCGAGAUUAAGUCUAGUAUGCGAAGUUUUUCACCGAUUAUUUAUUUUUUUAACGUCAUUAAAUGCUAACGAUCGAAAUUUAAUUGUUUUACUGUUUUGACUGAAAUAUUUUAAGUAUUUUACUAAUACUAAACGUCUGACCAAGUUUGAACGGAACAAUGUAGUUGCUAGCACCAAGUUAAUCUUUUUAAAAUGAUGAUGAUGAUAACUUGUUGUAAACUGGUUCUAACAUGCAUCUGCGGACCAACUGCAGUGCAAACGAAUCUGCAAUAUGUAUAGUAAACCAAAGCUAGCUUGUUCAUUGUUGAGGAUCGCAAUUUAUUCAAAAAAAAUCUUAUAUAGUGCGUUUUGGAUGUGCCGCUGUGCAUGCAUUAUAAUUUAAAUUUCAUUUCUAAGCGCAAAGCUGCGUAAAAAAACGAGGAAACUUUUUGUUUAAGCACGUCAUUGAAAAGGAAGUUGCUGUUUUGACAUUUUUUUAAUCCUUACACUCUUGUAGAACCAUUCGUUUUUUUCUGCCUUCAAAUUUAAAGACCUUUUUUAAUUUUUAUGAAUUGAAGUGAUUGAAGCACACGUCUUUUGUACUUUAGCAUUAUCUGAAGCUUUAAUUAAAAGGUUCCACUGGUGGGGUCUUCAAUAUUAAAGUACUCGUCACUUGUGGUACUUUCUUGCUAGCGUAUAAAAGGUCCGGUUCUCCUAUAAACUUUGAAUCGUUGGUUAUUAACGUAGAUACACAUCCUUUGUGGUAGAUUCUCGAUAACCUGCAUUUCGGAUUCUUGGGAUCAGGGUGAGUAAUGGUCUUGAAAUACACGUCCUUUGUGAAUUGUGGUUUAGAUUUUUUACUAGUCUAGUCUUGAAAUAUACAAGUCCUUUGUGGUAGAUUUUUUACUAGCCUUGUCUCGAAAUACACGUCCUUUGUGGUAAAGUUUUUACUAGCCUUGUCUUGAAAUACACGUCCUUAAUUUGUGGUAGAUUUUUUACUAGUCUUGUCUUGAAAUACACGUCCUUAAUUUGUGGUAAAGUUUUUACUAGUCUUGUCUUGAAAUACACGUCCUUAAUUUGUGGUAGAUUUUUUACUAGCCUUGUCUUGAAAUACACGUCCUUUUAAUUGUAGAUACUAUAUCCUAAACUUCAAACUGUUGCCACUGUUCGUUCUCAGUGUAUAGGUGUAGUGGUCUUCAGUGAAAUACCCGGUUUUUGUGCGCGUAGAUUCUCACUAUAGUCUAAAGUUCAAACUGCUGGUUCUGAGUGUAUAGGUGGUGGUUUUGAAAUACAUGUCCUUUGUGGCAGAUUCUCACUAGUUUAAACUUCAAACUGCUGGUUCUGAGUGUAGGUAGUGGUUUUGAAAUACAUGUCCUUUGUGGUAGAUUCUCGCUAGCCCGGCUAAACUUCAAUCUUUUGGUUCUCAUUUAGUGUAGAUAGUGAUUAGUGGUCUUCAGAAAUACCGACGUAUUUUACUCUUUUGUGAUAGAUUAGUAACUAUACUCCACAGGUAGUAUAGUCUUGGAAAAUUCACGUGAUACAUUCUAACUAUAGCUUCAUUCAUAUAUUGGUAGCCAAGUAUUACUUCGAUGUAUAAUCCUCUAAUUCUUGAUCUAGUCUUCCUGUAAAUUUGAUUAUGUUUUGUAUUAUUCUAUGUAGCAGUAUUAGUAGCUCUGUUUGAAUAAAGUUUGUUUGUUUACAUAUAUGGUGUGACUCUCAGGGUAGGCAGUGGUCUUGAGAAAUACUCGUGAUCGAUUCUAACUAUAAAUAAUCUCAUGUGUUAAUUGUCAGCAUAGCGAGGGGUCUGAAUUUUUAAACUAGUCUUUUGUGCUCAAUUCUGACUAUAACCUAAACAGUACAUUGCGGAUGACUUUGAACGCAGGCAGGGGUCUUCAAGUCAUUUGUCAUGGACUGCAGCUGAGCCUGAUAGUCAAGAAGAAAUUUAUCAUCACGAAGUACAAAAACUGUUUUGAAAAACGAAAUGUUUGCUGGCUGAGUGUUCGAGACUGUUCGGAUUCCAUUCAAACGGACCGAUAUCAAUAUUAGCCCACAACAGGAUGCAUCAAUAUUGAAAUAUUCGGCUGCCUAGUUUUCAAAUCGUUUGGAUCAAAUCGUAAGAUUUCUAUAAAUUUGUGAAAGAAACAGAACAUUGCUGAAAAUUGUUGGUGCUUGGGCAACAUUCUUCUGGAUUAACAGGCCUUCAAAUGAUAUAUAGCACUCAUUUCCUAUCCCUUCGUGAAAGCCAGUGGUUCUUGGUUGACCCCCCCUCCCCCUAUCCCCCAUCCCCCAUCUAAAAUUGGGCAAAUUUAGAGGGAAAAUUCGGGAAAGAUGAAAGAAAAACCGGUAAAUGUAUUAAAGAUGUUAAGUUAGAAAUAUCUUAGGGCAAGAAAAUUUUUUACCCCCCCCCCCUCCCCUUCCCUUGGGGACAUUUUAUGGAAGUUAGGCCCCUCAAAACAAAUAACAAGUGUUCCGCCGCAACUGUUUUACAGGUUGUUGUGUUUCCCGCAAAGACCACAAGUUUUGCGAUACAAUUUCACGCGAUGCCUACGCAUCUCAUAUAAUGAAUACAUCAGGUGACAAGUGUUCUGUAAUGAAACAUGUUAUAUAUGCAUAGAUUUAAUGACAUUCCAGUCCAGUCAAUCUGUUGUCCUUAGACAACUGUGAUAUAGCCAAACGAGUUAGACUGAUGAAAUCUUUAAAGAAGUGAGAUUUUAAUGCGAAAGUUUCUAUUUCCUACUCCAUGGGAAGUGUAUGUCAAAAGUGUCACAAUUGAACGACUGAGUAGUUCUGACUAAGAGAUCUUUGGUCCUGCUGUUAAAGUGACGUGUUGAAGUCAAGACGAUUAUUUUGAAUUGUGAAGUGAGCAUUAGAAGAGUUCCUUAGUUCCUACACCUCAAUGUUUCAGUUUGUUUGAAAGCUGGGGUAUGUCAUCAUCCCACAGAUUGUCCGAAAUUUUGCAGAUGCAUUCUGAAGAGAGCAAUACAUCGAGGUUGUAUCCACUGUGUUUUAACAUUUUAUGAAUUAAUGAGAUAGUAUCAGUUGUAUGUUUAUAUGGUACAACUAUAAGUACUUUUGUACAAUAUCCUUGUACGGCUUUUACCAUUAACAUUGUUUUAAUCUUAUAGUUUUUGUAAGUGUAGUUUAUAUGCAUAUUGUGUGUGGAAAGUGUGCGUAGAAUUAGUUUAGAUACAGUUUGUCGUGUGUGUGUCUUUCUGAGCCAAAGAGGAAAAAUUGGUUCCGUUACAUAAUUGCAUGCAGGAUUGCAUACGCAUGAUUGGUGCAGUUAAUCUGAGUUGUGUCUUGGUAAGCGACUUCAUUGUAGAGCAGUUAAACAAAAUAAAUUUGUUGUUUGUAUCAGAUGAAAUGAUUCACUAAUGUUAGAUUUUACGUCAGCCGCAUCACGAGACCUCUCAGCUGAUGUAAGGAGUACGCGCGAGACUGCUUCCUCGGCAACAUUUUCUCUCGUGUGCCGGUGUGUGUUGAGAAUUUUACUUCGCCGUGAGAAGUUCUAGCGUGUUUGAUAUCAUUCGAAUAUCAUAUAGAAACUUGCUAAGACCAAACAAAAACAAAUAUUGGUUUCCGACGGCCGACCUAUUAAAAUAUCCGACCAUAAACAUUGAUUACCAUUUUCUUAUUAAAAUAUGAUUUCUGUUUAACUUAAUCAUUUUUAGUCAUGAUAAUGAUAGUUUAAACUUGAAUCUUUGUGUUGAUGUACGCAUUUGUCCAUAGGUUUGUACAAUUUUCCGACAUACUUAUGCCAAAAAAAACAUAGCUGUAAACCUGACACCAACUUUUUGGCUUAAGCUACGGGAAUACGCGGGGCUGUAGUAGGGGUUUGUCUAUAUGUGAAAAAAUUAAGAAAAAUAUAAGGAUCGAUGGCUAAUUAGAUUACUCCUUAUGUGAACACUAUACUGGAGUAUUGAGACGUUGGAUCGUGAAUUUAAUUUAUUUGAGUAUUGCAUUCAUUAACUUAAACAGGUCUGUCAUUGUGUCUUCUCGUCCGUGAUCUAGUUACAAGCGUUGUCACUUGCUAGUGUUUUACUAUAAUUUCGAUCUAACGGUUUUGCUCCACGAUUGUGAUAACAGGUUAAAAUCAUGCGCUGUAGUAGUCGUAGUACAUUGCUUUAAAUUUAUAAAUCACGUCAUUCUUAAAAUCAUCUUUUAAACGAAGUUUCUUCAUUUCAGGUCGAAAAAAAUGCGUUGUACAUUGGAUUGGAAGAGUCGUUUCCCCAUCGCAAAGUGGUUACCAAACUAUACAUGGCAUUCACUACAAUGCGAUUUGAUCGCAGGCAUCACCGUCGGUCUCAUGGUCAUUCCACAAGGCUUAGCUUACGGUGUCCUGGCUGGGCUACCACCUCAGUACGGCCUGUAUAACGCAUUUAUGGGGAGUUUCAUUUACUGUAUCCUCGGUUCCAGCAAAGACAUCACGCUUGGCCCUACUGCAAUCAUGUCACUAAUGGUCGCAACUUACGGACGAGAAAAUGACGCUCAUUACGCGGUGGCACUAUCGUUCUUUAGCGGACUAAUACAACUGCUCAUGGGACUGUUUUCGCUUGGUUUUAUAGUCAGGUUCAUUCCGAUUCCAGUAAUCAGUGGGUUCACUUCAUCUGCUGCGAUCAUCAUAGGGUGUGGUCAGAUCCCAGGUAUCCUGGGCAUGUCAGGUAUGCCCAAGAACCUCGUCCCACGGUUACACAAGACUUUCAGUAACAUUAUCAAAACCAACCACUGGGAUGUGAUCCUUGGCAUUGCCUGUGUUUUGCUGCUAGAAGCUUUAAGACGAGUCAACCGCAUGCCUGUGCUCUACAAACGCGAUUCGUCGCAAAGCAAGCGAAUUAUGAAAAAGAUUGUAUGGUUUGUGUCUGUGGGACGAAAUGCUGUCAUCGUCUUCUUCACGACAUUUUUGGCGCUGACGAUGGAAACACACGGCGAUGGUGGACAUUUUUCGCUUACUGGAAGCAUUAAGAAAGGUCUACCUACUUUUGAGGUGUGUAUGCCGUGCAACGCUGUUUUAUAUAGUGUAGCUCUACUUUUACAAGUUCUAUCGAUUGUUUCAGUCAUGGUUGAAGUCAGAAAUGUUGACACUUGAAUUCUAUUUGUUUGUCUCCGAGAUGAUCAAUAUUUUCUCACUCUGAGAACUGCAAACCAACCGACCAAUAUCUGUUGCACACGAUAGUGCUUAGUUGAACCUGUUUCCACUGUCUUCUCAUUGGGGAGUUUAAGAUCUUGACGAACUACCGACUACGUUUGAAAUAGUUUUUGUUAUAUGUAUGUAAAUACUAAAUGCUUGUCAUAACAAAUUUAUCCCAAAUAUGUUUUAUGUGCAUAGCUUGUGUUCGAUAAGUUUCAUCUUUAAUUUUCAUAAUUUCUUUAUAAAAAUACAAUCCAACCUGCAACGUUGCGUAGUCAGUUUCGGUGCCAUGUACUUGAUUCUGUUUUACAACACAAGAAUGUGAUUUUUACGUUGUAGCCAAGGUCGCUACGGUGAAAAUUAUGCUCUGGGGAUAUGUAAAUUUUGUCUGCUUUGUUAAAUCAAUGCGAAAACAAGCGUUCAACCGUACUCCGUACCCGUUGUUCGUUGUCGGCAUCUUAAACUCCCUAUUUAACUUCGUUGGCAACGACGCAUGCGUACAAGCACGCUUGCACUUGAAUACUGACUCUCUGUGUUAAUAUAUAUAAUGAUUCAUUAUCCCUACUUAUCUCGCCAAGAGUCAAGUUCUGUUUUUUCUGUUUAUCGUCAAGGGUUUUGUUUGAAUUUUGUUAACAAUAUUUACAUGACAAUGGCGACCACUUCACGAUUGAUUCCAUCACGGUUGACAGUUUGUCAAUCAAUUUGGCUUGCCGAGGAAACAUACACAACCACCAUGUCACAGAAACGGAAGCCAUUUUAAUAUUGUGCGUUUUCUUUAAUGAGCUGUCAGUUUGAGUUACCUUGAUAGAUAUCCCAAACGUGGGGGCGAUCAGUCUAGUGGCUUGUAUCUCAACUACCUAAAAAGAUAUCUCAGACGUAGGGGUUAAGUAUAGGUAGUAUUCUACAAUAAGCUGCCGUGGUUUGUGUCUGAACUACCUAAAAAAAGAUAUCUCAAACGUAGUGGUCUAGUGCAGGUAGUAUUCUACAAUAAGUUGUCGUGGUUUGUGUCUGGACUACCUGAAAAAAGAUAUCUCAAACAUGGUGGUCCAGUGUAGGUAGUAUUCUACAAUAAGUUGCCAUGGUUUGUGUCUGAACUACGUGAAAAAAUCUCAAACGUGGUGGUCCAGUGUAGGAAAAAAAAUAUCCCAAAGUGGGGGGUAGAGAGUAUUUUAGAAUGAGCUAGAACUAAACCUAAAGUUUAUGUAAAUGAUCAGGAUUUUGUGUUAUUCUCACGAAAAAGUAGAUUUCGAUUCACACAUCUUACACAUACUGAAAAAUAAUUUUUAUAUAAAACAAUUUACAUUCUCUCUAAAAUAAUUCAUUCUCUUUGAUUCCCAGGUGCCGAAACUCUCAUCUCACGACGGGAACAGUACUAUCACAACGAUGCAAAUUCUAACUCAAAUUGAAGGAGGCCUCAUUGUCCUGCCAAUGAUCGGCUUCCUGGAGAGCAUCGCUAUUGCCAAAGCGUUUGCAAGAAAGAAUAAAUAUAAGGUCGACCCUAGCCAAGAAUUGAUUGCUCUUGGUUUGGCGAACUUUAUUGGUGCAUUCUGUUCAGCAUACCCUGUGACUGGAAGUUUCUCUAGGACAGCUGUGAACUCCAUCAGUGGUGUUGCUACUCCUCUUGGAGGUUAGUAUUUCUUUAGUAAAGGCUAGAUUAUAAUCUCACUGCUUCAGUCCCAUCUGAGAAGAAUGCUUCCAGUUUGACUCUAUCAAAUACCUGACAGGUUUUUUCCGAGUAUUCCUGUACUAACACUGGAUCAAUGAGAGAUGAUCCUUACUGGACCUCUAGCUAUCCAGUAUAAAUAAAGUUAAUUGAGUUCCUCCUGUAGUAACACUGGAUGAAUUAGGGAUCGCUCUCACUGGCCCUCAAGGGAAAACAGUUUGAGAAUUCACAGAGUAUAAAUAAAGUUAGUUUAGUUUAGGUUUCCUCCUGUAGUAACUCUGGAUCAACAAGAGAUGACUCUUACUGGACCUCUAGGGAGAACAGUUUGAUAAUUGAUAGAGCUAUCCAGUGUAAACAAGUUAGUAUAGUCUUCAGUAAAAGGAUUUGGAACUGAUUUAUUUUCUUUCUAACUAAGGUGUUUUCACGGGAGGUCUCGUGAUACUGGCCCUGGGUGUUCUGACACCGUUUUUCCAGUACAUUCCUCAAGCUGCCCUUGGUGCUGUGAUCCUAUCCUCUGUCAUCCACAUGGUAGACUACAAGCUUGUCAAGAAAAUUUGGCAAACGAAGAAAACAGAUUUGCUUCCGUUUUUCGUCACUUUCUGCUUGUGUCUGUACGAUAUUGCGACUGGCAUUAUGUGCGGUAUCCUUGCAGCUCUGCUGUUGCUGAUUUAUCGUCUGGUGGUGCCGCGUAUCGAUGCAAGACAACAAGAAGUGACGGUGAUUAAAAUCAAUGGUGGACUUACUUAUGUUGGUAUUGAAUAUCUUAUCUCCAAAAUUGAAGAGGUGAGAUUAUAUGUUGUAUAUUUGUUAAGUAUGUUGCCUGUACAAUCGUUGGUGGGUGUAGCUUUGAGUCUCAAAUGCAUGUGAGAAGAGUGUGUUGACUCUAUCAAACACGGCAGGUAUUCUCUUGGUGCUCCGGUUUCCUCCUGUAGUAACACUGGAUCAAUAAGAGAUGAUCCUUACUGGACCUCUAGGGAAAACAGUUUAGAACUGAUAGAGCUAUCCAGUGUAAAUAAAGUUAGUUUAGCUUAGGUUUCCUCCUGUAGUAACACUGGAUCAAUAAGAGAUGAUCCUUACUGGACCUCUAGGGAGAACAGUUUAGAACUGAUAGAGCUAUCCAGUGUAAAUAAAGUUAGUUUAGUUUAGGUUUCCUCCUGUAGUAACAGUGGAUCAAUAAGAGAUGAUCCUAACUGUACCUCUAGGGAGAACAGUUUAGAACUGAUAGAGCUAUUCAGUAUAAAUAAAGUUAGUUUAGUUGCUCAAUGUGUAUCACUCUUGCAGGUAUCAAUUCUUUGCGAUGUGCUACCGGAGGUAGUAAUCAUUGACUGUUCAAACAUGUCUGAAAUUGACUACACAGUCUCGCAAGGAUUCCUUCAGAUCGUCACUGAUCUGCAAGACAAUGACAUCAAAGUGUACUUUUCCCACGUGCAACAUCACGUGAAGAGCAUGCUGCUUGAUGCUGGAGUUGAACCGUUGUUGUUUAGUGAUGACUAUCUGGAUGAGCAUCCCAACCUCUUCAAAUCGUGCGAAGCGGAGUCUGUCUCCAUCGAGUCGCCAUGCUGUGAUCAUGAACAGCGCUUUUGGAUGACGUCUGUGUAAUAGGUAGGAGGUACGCACCCCCCUGGCAGAUUGAUAUAAGAGGUUUUACUAAGCACAAACAUGAAGCAGGGUGUUCAAACUGUAGUUAUCAAAGUAUAAUCCUUAAUCUUUUUAUUAUAUAUAGAAGUCUUUUAUCAUUAGGAAAAUAGAUGAGAAAUGAAAAAAUUAGAUUAAUUUCCUUGCCGUUAUCAACAUUUUCGACCACAAUAUCUGCUAUCUUGUGCUUCCCGAAACCCUAUACCUAACCAUGCCAGGGGGGAUGUACCACCAUUUUUAUCGAAUUCCACCAGGAUAAAGAUAUAUCAUUGAUUAUUGUAAUUAAAUUAUACGUACUAUUUACAAAUGAUGAUCCUGACUUGAGUGUUGGUAAAAAUAUACAGUCGGUAUUAAAUAAGUGUACUAAUCCUGUUCAUGUUGUAGCUAAUGAAGUACAGACGUCAUAAUGGGGGAAGAAAUAUUGCCAAUUAGCCAUUCCGAAGUUGAUGAGAGGACUGGGGACGAGUGUUAAAAAGUGCCCAAAUUAAGAAAUGAACCAAAUCACUAAAAAGACCACCUCAGAAUUAGUAAGUAUACAAAGUUUGAAGACGUUUACAUGAAUACCCUUCGAAUAAUAAGCUUUUGAAAAAUGUGAAAUUACUGAUUAAAAGAUUGUUUUGGGGACGCGCGUCCCCAAAACAAGAAAUUACAAUACAUUUCAUACGGUAAACAUCAUGAUUUUCGAAAGCUUAUUAUUCGAAGGAUAUUCAUGUAAACGUCUUCAAACUUUGUAUACUUACUAAUUUUGAGGUGGUCUUUUUAGUGAUUUGGUCCAUUUCUUAAUUUGGGCACUUUUUAACACUCGUCCCCAGUCCACUCAUCAACUCGGAAAGGCUAAUCGCGACUUUGGUCUAGAAACUCCACAAAGCCCUUAUGUCGAGAUGCGAUUUUUAUGAUGAAAUGACUUCACAGUGUACAAAUAUUUCGAAAUUUUGCGUAUUAAUAUUUCGACAGGAUGUUUGAGUUUUUUGACACGAUGAUGGCUUCAUCAUGCCACAAAAUUCACAGUCUUCAGCAUACACGAAAAUGCGUAAGCAUGAACAAACAGAUUGAACAAAGACUUCGGCCAAGUUUCCAGACCAUAUUUUCAAUGAUUAUGAAUCUACUUAAUAAUGGCAUUCAUCUUCAAUCAGUGUUUGACUUUUCGACCCAGUGCCUGUUUCAAUACAUCAAAAUCAUGCCGCCUUCUGGCCUGGCAAGAGUGACCAGGUAGUAAGGCCGAUUUCCACACACAACUUUUGCCUAAAACUGUCGCAUGCAACCUGCUUACAACUUGAGUUGUACUGUGUAAAUCAAGCACACAACUCAACUACGACAACGUAAGCCGAGUUGUGUGUUUGAUUUACACAGUACAACUCAAGUUGUAAGCAGGUUGCAUGCAACAGCAUUAGGCAAAAGUUGUGUAGUGUAAAUCACCCCUAACACUCCCUUGAUGACGUCAUGCCUUCACACUCCCUUGAUGACGUCACCUUCAUUAGCCACAUCCGUUACACCACGCAUUCGCAGACGCUAUAACCAUUUGUGACAAUUUACAAUAACUUGUGGCGAAAACAUCGCUAAUGCAUAAUAACAGUGAAGUACAUCAAAACACUAAUUCUUAAAAUAUUGGAUUUUAUAAAUCUGUAAAUUUAUCAACUUUAUAAGUAGUCGCAAAAUUUGAGCUAGUUUUAUAGUUUAAAAAAUAAAUUUAGUUAGGUUUUAUUUGAACGAGACGGUAAUCUUCGAAAAAUCUUUGAUAUUUCAAAAGACAAUUCCCAUUAUAGACUAAUUUUUUAUCACUUGGCAAAAUAAAGUAUACUCCCGAAAAGAGCAUACUAAAAUGAGUAAAAUUGCAAAGUUUGGUUGUGAAAUGUUGUAAAAUGCGGAAAACACAGCCUUGCAAAGUUCACAAAGUUUGUAUACUUUUGUAUUGCGUGCAGAAAUUGCUACCACGUUUGGGCCGAAAAUGGUAGCAAUUUAUAUCAAUACAAGAAAACUGUCUCGUCCAAUUUUGUGUUUGUUUUUUAUUAUAUUUAUUCCGAUGAUUAUUGAUUAAUUUCAAAUUAAGUUGAUCUGAAUAAUUAAAGCUGAAGUUGUGAUAUAGCACUACAAUUCUUUCGUGAUUUUUGUGAUUAAAAAAUCAAACUGUAUACUGUACUGAUACUGUAAGUGCGGACAAGAGAUGUCCCAUCUUAAGACCAAACAGUCUAUAGGUGAGUUUAUAAUUCACUAAGCACCAUUGUGCAGCACGGAUGGUGGUCAACCUGUAGUUAUGAGAAUGAGUUAAUAGUUAAUACUUCAAUUAAAUCUUUCCAUUGUAUGUCAAAAAUAUAUAUUGAUUUAAAGAUGUGUUUUAACUUGUCUGUUCCAAUCUGUGAACAUUUUUGAAGUUGGCCACAUCUGCUGUCCCAUUCUGCUUGUUGAGACCACCAAUAUGUUGUCCAGCUAUUUUAGCUAUUGGCAAUCAAAUUCAAAAUCAAAUUGUGUAUAAAUUAAUUAAAUAAAUUGUAAUUAGUAAUAUGUUAUCUAAGUAAUGAAAGUAAUAGUAAUAAUUGAAGCAUGGUAAAAUUACACGUUACCAAUACAAAAAAUGUAACAUUAAUAUAUAACAUAACAUAAUACAAAACGAUACCAUUGAUGUAAUACAAAACUUAUAAUGUGCAUAGAUUUGAAUUGGAUUUGUUUAGCACGUUUUCUUGAAAACUAAAGUACAAAACCCCAAUUCAAGUCUAUAUUCAGGGCUGCAGAUAAAAUGGUAAUUGAAUGCUUGAUACUUGGACGGACACUUUAGGUAAAGGAGGGCAUUCUAGUGAAAAGGAAGAUGAAACAUUGUUUGAAAUAUAAGGCAAAGAUUGUAUUGCAAAGUUGUUAGAUUGAAAUUGAAAAUGACUGAACAGCAAACAGUCUAUUCAUCACCGGUCAAGUCUCGUUCACUUUUCAUUCAUCUAAGCCCCAAAUAAUAAUAAUAAUAAUAAUAAUACAAUUAUCAACAAGUUAUAUAAGCAAUUAAUAACUAACUGAUACUAAACAUACUUUACGCAUUCACAAAAUAUCAUCAAUUAUUCUUAAUCCUAAUCCCACAGUAUUAACAUUUUUAACGUUGACAAGACUGACUUUUUACCAUCUAUUUAGUGUAUAAUAGGACAUAUGUAAAAAAAUAGUUGUGUUUGAAAAAAGAACAAUGUAGUUUAAUUGUAGUAGUUAUUUUAGUUUUUUAAUAUAUAUAGACAAAAAUAUAUAGUUAUGUAGCUUUAAAUGUAUAAUAAAUUAAUAGUAUUGUAGCAUACUAGCUUUUGAUACAUGUAGGUGUAUUGUGGCUUUUAGUUUUAGCAAACGAACAUUUUGCUGCUGAAAUUUACGUUUUGUUUGAAAUGUUAUGCGUAUUAUAGCUAAUAUAUAUUUGAAAUGUAUUUGAAUGAAUGUUAAAUAAAUUGACCUGGUGGGGCGUUUAUAAUUUGAUAUUUUUUAAU